GUGUGGGAUGCUGUAGAUACAGGCUGCUGUUUAAAAACAUACUCCUGUCACUCCUGUGCUGUUCGAGCUGCCCGGUGGUCGUCUUGUGGGAGAAGGAUCCUCAGUGGGGGCUUUGAUUCCACACUGCAUUUAACAGAUGUAGAAACAGGGAAGCAAAUAUUUAGCAGCAAAACAGAAUUUAGGAUCAGUGCACUCAAGUUCCACCCUACAGAGUCAAAUAUUUUCCUUUGUGGAGGGUUCAGCCCAGAAGUUAAAGCUUGGGAUAUAAGGACUUCUAAGGUGUUAAGAGUGUACAAAGCUGCAGUACAACAGACUUUGGAUGUACUCUUUCUCCCUGAAGGAAGAGAGUUUCUUACAAGCACAGAUGCAGUAAGCCGGGACUCAGCUGAUCGUACCAUCAUUGCCUGGGAUUUCCAAAGUGCUGCAAAAAUCUCCAACCAGAUUUUUCAUGAGCGUUACACUUGCCCAAGUCUGUCUCUGCACCCAAAAGAGUCUGUAUUUGUUGCUCAGACAAACGGGAACUACAUGGCUUUGUUUUCUGCGCAGCGACCGUACCGGAUCAACAAAAAGAAAAGAUAUGAAGGACAUAAGGUGGAAGGAUUUGCAGUGGGCUGUGAAUUUUCUCCAGAUGGAACACUUUUGGUGACAGGAAGUUCAGAUGGCAAAGUGUUUUUCUACAACUAUCAUACUUCUAGGAUUAUUCGCACGUUGUCUGCACAUAAAGAAGCUUGUGUGAGUGCAAUAUUUCACCCAGUCUUGCCAUCACUCCUUGCAACCUGUGACUGGGCUGGAGAAAUCAAGAUCUGGCAAUAACAAGGAGGGUUAAUUUUCAGGAUGUCUUCUGUUAGUCUGUCAAAGGCUUAGGAAAUAAACCAGGUUAUGCAAUGUGAAUUUUUGUUGUGUUGUGUUGUAAGCAGGAGAGAGAGUGUUAUCUUUUCUUCUAUGACCUCUAGGUGUAUGCAUUCAUAAUGUGGUGAAGAUGGUCUUGUGGUUAACUGCUGAGCAAAGAACUGUUCCUACUCUCUCCCUCGGCCCUGGUGACAAAUUUCUGACCCUUUUGUGUCAGUUUUCUGGUGCUCAUCUAAUCCAACCCUGAUUUGAGUACUUAAACUUAAGAAAAUUAUCUUAUUAUGUAAUCUUUUUAAUGCAGUUUCUUAAACCAGGUUUUGUCAUAGAAU